AUGCUGCCAUUGGCUUGUCUGCUGCCUUCACGAGGUCAGGGUGGCGGCUGGCUUGCUACUAAGAGGACUUGGGUGCUGGGGGUUGCGUGGAAGGCUUCUAGAAGGCGACUGACUAGCUCCGCCUGUGGCCAGAGCGGUUUGCUGCUUUUUUUGCAGACCUUUUUUGCUGCUGCUGCUGCUGCGCCUGUUCUUGUGAACCCGUCGUCGACAUGCUGGGCGUCGGUUGUUGAGUCAUCACAUCAGGAGCACGUUGCCGACUCUGCCACUGGGUCUGGGAGGAUGAUUGUGCUGGAAGGUUGGCGUCAGGAGAUAGCAAAGCAGUUGACCUCGGAAAUCCACGAAUUGAUCGACGAAAAGGCUACAAGGGGUUCAGAAGACAUGGCUGAAUAUCGUAGAGUUUGA